UGUAGCAGUUUGGUCAGCUGGCUUCUGGCACUCUGCUACGUCAACUCUCGAUAAGUUUACUCUGUCCACAAGUGCCCCAGCGAGCAAAAUGUCCCAUCGCGGGACUUUUAGCGCUUGGGACAAAAUUGCACCGCUCUAAUCCGCAGACGGCAGCCGUCGCGUCCCCCUGCGCCGCUCUGACACUCACGCAAGCCCGACUUUUAUUGUUGUAGCUUGUUGGCUAACCUUAGCUAUUUGUCUGAUGCGUCGCCGACAUGGAUAGUAGAGAGGCGUCUUUGCGGCUGAGAUAUCGCCGUCCCCCGAUGAAGCAAGAACAGGAUGAGGACUCGGACUGUGAAGACGGCCCGCUGUCCCUCCGGAGCCCGGACUGUCCCGGGGUGCAGCAAGUCAUCCACAGUGGGCACUUUAUGGUCUCGUCGCCCCAUAUCGAGCACACGCCGAAGAAGGGCUACGACUUCGACACUGUCAACAAACAGACGUGUCAGACUUAUCACUUCGGGAAAGCCAGCAUGUCCCAUAUCUCCAUAGAUGCCUCUCUCACCAAGCUUUUUGAGUGCAUGACGCUGGCAUACAGUGGGAAGCUGGUGUCUCCCAAGUGGAAGAACUUUAAGGGCCUGAAGCUGCUAUGGAGGGACAAGAUCCGCCUGAACAAUGCCAUAUGGAGGGCCUGGUACAUUCAGUAUGUGGAGAAGAGGCAGAACCCCGUAUGCCACUUUGUCACCCCCCUGGACGGAAGCAUAGAGUUGGACAUCCAUCGCCCAGCAGAGGCCAUCACCAAUGAGGGCAAGUGCUGGAAAAGAAGAAUAGAAAUAGUCAUUAGAGAAUACCACAAAUGGAGGACAUAUUUUAAGAAAAGGUUACAGAAGCACAAGGAUGAAGAUUUGUCAAGCUUACUCAAGGACCCAGCGGAGCAGUUGUGUCUGUUCGGGGAAGUGUCUCCAGACAUGCUGCGUUUGCCCCUUUACCAGGAUGAAGACGCAGCCAUACGACGCAUGCCCCGCAAAGGCCUGGAGAGUUCGCCCGCCCCCAUGGAAAUGGACCCGCUGUUCGACAUGGAUGUGCUCAUGUCAGAGUUCUCUGACACACUCUUCUCCACACUGGCCUCACACCAGCACAUCGCCUGGCCCAACCCCCGUGAGAUAGCUCAUGCAGGCAAUGCAGACAUGAUCCAACCAGGCCUCAUCCCUCUGCAGCCUAACCUGGGAUUUAUGGAGACGUUCGACCCCCUACAAGACUUAUUUCACAGCCUCCGUCCACCCGCCUACCCCUCCACCCCCCCCGCUGCCACAUCUGUUCCCUCUACACCCAGCAGUAUCUGUACAGCACAGGCCCAGCUGCUGUCUUCCAUGCACCUCCCCCCUGACCACAUGCUCCCGCCUGGCCCCCUGCUCCUGCCCUCCUCCAUGGCCAAUCUACCCGCAGGCCCCAGCAGAGGCAGCACCGGCACUGACUUUGCACCCAACUACAUGCCUCUUUUCCCAGAGCAAGUUCCAUCCAGCACUCAGCCCAUCUCUUCUGGGCCUCCCACUCUGACUCACGACCCUCUGACGCAGUGCCUUCCACCCUCAGAUCUGUCCUCCCCGGGCCCCCCUACUCCCUCGCUGGAUAGGACAGUUCUGGGUGACGCGCACACGGCCCCGCCUAUCACCCACAAUGGAGUUCCCGGCUCGGACUAUGGCACUAUAUCCUCACAGCCGGCUCCUCCUCAGCUACCAGCUCUAGCCUCGAUGCCCUCCCCUCCCAUGGCUCAGACGUUCGCCCUCCCACAGCCAUACCAGCCCGUUGGUACCAACAAAAACCGGCUAGUGAAACGCAUCGCUCCAGCCAGCGCGCUGCCUGCCCCACACCUGAUCCUCACAGGUCCCUUCUCCAGCCAUGCCAACGCUGUGAUUGUGACGCCCACACACCUCAAGGCCGAAGUAGUUCCUAGUACAGGAGUGGUCAUAGCGUCCUCUCCUCUGGCUGGGUCUUCAAACUUUAACGUGGUGUCUCAGCCUCAGAACUCUCCACAGGCCUUGAUACAAAAUGACACCGGCUUUUCUUCCAGUCACAAAAGCUCCAUAGCCUCACCCAGCACUGUUCUCAGCCGGCCGGCCUCUGGCUCCCCCUGUGGGUUAGACCAGGUGCCCAGUCCUCAGUCUUCUAUUAGCAGCAGCGGCUCGCCACUAGUGAAGAAUGAACAACAUCAGGGCCGCAGGUCUACACACAUCUCUGCUGAACAGAAGAGGCGCUGCAACAUCAACAACGGCUUCAAGACCCUCUGUACCUUGGUGCCUCCCCUCAAGUCCCAGUCCAAUAUCAGUAAUGCGGUCACAUUGCAGAAGACUGUGGAGCACAUUGGGAAGCUGCAGCAGGAGAGGCAGCAGAUGCAGGAGGAGGUGCGCAGGCUCAAGGAGGAGAUUGAGGAGCUCAACGCCUCCAUCAGCUCAUGCCAGGAGCAGCUUCCUGCCACUGGAGUCCCUGUCACACGGCACAGAUACGACCACAUGCAGGAAAAGUUCAAUGAGUACGUCCAGAUGCGUACACUGCACAACUGGAAGUUCUGGGUUUUCAGCAUCAUAAUCAAGCCUCUGUUCGAGUCCUUUAACGGCAUGGUGCUGACCACGAGUCGGGCCGAGCUGUGCCAGACCACGCUGCAGUGGCUGGACCGACACUGCUCUCUCCCAGUACUCAGGCCCAUGGUGCUGAGUACACUUCGCCACCUGUGCACAAGCACCUCCAUUCUGACUGAGCCCACUCUACUGCCCGAUGAAGCUCUGAAGGCCGUAUCACAGACAGAACCCUAGAAUCUGUGUCCUACCAUGCACCUCCUCCUCUGGACUCAGUAUCCCAGUAUGCACCACUUCCUCUGGAUUCUGUAUCCGAGCAUGCCUCACCUCCUCCUGACUCAGUUUCCCAGCAUGCACCUCCUCCUCUGGCUUCAUAUCUCAGCAUGCCUCACCUUCCCUGGACUCAGUAUCCCAGCAAUCCCCGUUGUCCUCCAGUCUUCCUUCUGUGGUUUUAAGGGCUCCAGGCACGAUGUUUCUGCUCAAUAAGUGAAGCAAAAUCAAAAAUAGAUUUUUAUUUAAUUAAAGACUACUACCUUCUUGCCUGAGGGAAGGAUUUUCAGAUUUCAGAGAAGAAUGAUUGCCUUGCAAUAUUCAAAAGACAUUGUGCAAAAAAGGGAAGCUGUUUUAUAUCUCUCUCUUUGUAUAGGAUUAUGUGGAUUUUUAUGGUUUACCAACAACCAAAGUGUUUUCUAUUGGAUUGUAAAGUUUGACAUGAUUCAAAAACAUAUGAGCUUUAUUGUAUAAUGCAUCCCUUAUUUGCUCAGGGGAAUGUUAGGCUAGCA